AAAUCACUCUUGACAGUAAUAUAUGUUGUAUAUGUAAAUCCUAGAUAUGACAAUAUGCGGAAUUCAUCCAUGAAAAUGAAAACAAGGGGGGGUUGAUAUCGAUGGGACGCAUAACCGGAUAUGCUAAAAUGAAAAUAUGAAAAAAAAAGGCUAAUGAGAUCGAAAUAAUGAAUCAUAAAUAGAGUUCCAUUUCGGAAUUGGCUAGAUAAAACAAAGUCUUGCCUAUUAUGACAAAUAAAUCAAAGACUUUCCACAAAAAUUUUUUUAUUCAUAUAUUUUUUAUUUUAAAACUAGGUUUUGGUUAGUUGAGCUUGAAAACGACUAUUCCUUCAUUGAAAUUUAAUUAAGUAAAAAAUUGAAUUGCAUAUUCGCUUGGGUGGUACCAAUGAAAUCGAGUGCUUACUCCCAUUUAUUAUUGAAUUAACCAAUGAAUUUACUAUCGAAGAUUUUUUCUGUAUUCGAAAAAUUUCGCAACAAAAUUGAACAUAUUUUUUAUUAUGAGAAUAAAUCCUACUACUUCGGAUCCAGCGGUUUCAAUACGUGAAAAAAACAACCUGGGACGUAUUGCCCAAAUCAUUGGUCCGGUACUGGAUGUAGCCUUUCCCCCGGGCAAGAUGCCUAAUAUUUACAAUGCUCUGGUGGUUAAGGGUCGAGAUACGCUUGGUCAAGAAAUUAAUGUGACUUGUGAAGUACAGCAAUUAUUAGGAAACAACCGAGUUAGAGCUGUAGCUAUGAGCGCGACCGAGGGUUUAAAGAGAGGGAUGGACGUGGUUGAUAUGGGAAAUCCUCUAAGUGUUCCAGUCGGCGGAGCGACUCUAGGACGAAUUUUCAAUGUACUUGGGGAACCUGUUGAUAAUUUAGGUCCUGUCGAUACUCUCACAACAUCUCCUAUCCAUAAAUCCGCGCCUGCUUUUAUAGACUUAGAUACAACCUUAUCUAUUUUUGAAACAGGAAUUAAAGUAGUAGAUCUUUUGGCCCCUUAUCGUCGUGGGGGAAAAAUCGGACUAUUCGGUGGGGCUGGCGUGGGUAAAACAGUACUAAUUAUGGAAUUGAUCAACAACAUUGCCAAAGCUCAUGGUGGUGUAUCCGUAUUUGGUGGAGUAGGCGAACGAACUCGUGAAGGAAAUGAUCUUUACAUGGAAAUGAAAGAAUCUGGAGUCAUUAAUGAACUAAACCUUGCGGACUCCAAAGUAGCCCUAGUCUACGGUCAGAUGAAUGAACCGCCGGGAGCUCGUAUGAGAGUUGGUCUGACUGCCUUAACUAUGGCAGAAUAUUUCCGAGAUGUUAAUGAGCAAGACGUACUUCUAUUUAUCGACAAUAUCUUCCGUUUUGUACAAGCAGGAUCCGAGGUAUCCGCUUUAUUGGGUAGAAUGCCUUCUGCUGUGGGUUACCAACCCACCCUUAGUACCGAAAUGGGUUCUUUACAAGAAAGAAUUACUUCUACGAAAAAAGGGUCCAUAACCUCUAUUCAAGCAGUUUAUGUACCUGCAGACGAUUUGACUGACCCUGCUCCUGCCACCACAUUUGCACAUUUAGAUGCGACUACCGUACUAUCAAGAGGAUUAGCUGCUAAAGGUAUCUAUCCAGCGGUAGAUCCUUUAGAUUCAACGUCAACUAUGCUACAACCUCGAAUCGUUGGCGAGGAACAUUAUGAAACUGCGCAACAAGUAAAGCAAACUUUACAACGUUACAAGGAGCUUCAGGACAUUAUAGCUAUCCUGGGGUUGGACGAAUUAUCCGAAGAGGAUCGCUUAACCGUCGCAAGAGCACGAAAGAUUGAGCGUUUCUUAUCACAACCUUUUUUCGUAGCAGAAGUAUUUACAGGUUCUCCGGGAAAAUAUGUUGGGCUAGCGGAAACAAUUAGAGGGUUUAAUUUGAUCCUUUCCGGAGAAUUUGAUUCUCUUCCUGAACAGGCCUUUUACUUAGUGGGUAACAUCGAUGAAGCUACUGCGAAGGCUACGAACUUAGAAAUGGAGAGUAAAUUGAAGAAAUGACCUUAAAUCUUUGUGUACUGACUCCGAAUCGAAUUGUUUGGGAUUCAGAAGUAAAAGAAAUCAUUUUAUCUACUAAUAGUGGACAAAUUGGCGUAUUACCAAAUCACGCGCCGAUUGCCACAGCUGUUGAUAUAGGUAUUUUGAAAAUACGCCUUAAUAACCAAUGGUUAACAAUGGCUCUGAUGGGCGGUUUUGCUAGAAUAGGCAAUAAUGAAAUUACUAUUUUAGUAAAUGAUGCAGAGAAGAAUAGUGACAUUGAUCCACAAGAAGCUCAGCAAACUCUUGAAAUAGCAGAGGCGAACUUGAGAAAAGCUGAAGGCAAGAGACAAACAAUUGAGGCUAAUCUAGCUCUCAGACGAGCUCGGACACGCGUCGAGGCUCUCAAUACGAUUUGAUUUUGUAACUAGCUGACGUAUAAAAAAAUAGGAUCCAAAAGCGA